AUUUCCCUGCACAAAGAGAGACCUGAUGAUAUAUCAAAGUUUAAUUUUCUACUGGGAGAAAUAGAGUGAUUUCUGAUUACCUGAUGGCGAGGAGAUCGGAUUUGGCACAAAAGUUGCUGGAUGAUCUCCGGCUAAGGAAGGAGAAGAUGGGCAUAGCAACUUCGCGCCAGCAAUCAGCUCAGGCAACUUCUACUGGAAAUUCUCAUGAAAACUCAAGAUGGACUUUUCGAGGUUCAGGAGGAGCAACCAGGAGCUCUGGUAACAAGAAUAUCUCAAACACAGAAGUUACACAAAUGCGUCUUGGCACAAGACAUCAUAGAGCACCUUCAUUUGAAGGGGUUUCCCAAGAUAUUGUUCCAAUAGGAAAAACCAGAAUGACAGAACAGAUUGGAGAUGUAUCAAUGGCACUUGCUCUUGCCCUAAGCAACACCGGGAAGCUCCAAAACAUAGAGCUCUUUAGCAAUGCCAUGACAGGCAAGAAGCUUUCCUUGCAACAUGGAUCGUUUAGCUUCAGAGAAAUAGAUGGCAACAUGCUGACAGCUUGUGACCAAUUUCCUUUCCUUACCCCUUUACAAAUUGGAGAGAUAUCAAGAGGUAUUCGACAGUUAAAUAUAAUUCUAAAAACCUGCACCAAUGGAGUUGUUUUUAGCAGGGACUCAAUAGAAAUUGGAAGAGAACUGUUAAAAGGAGCUAUUGAUUUGGAGGAAUCUCUGAGAAUGCUCGUUAGCCUACAAGAUGCUUCAGAUUACAUGUCUGGUUCAGGGAGAAAGAAUAUUAAACUGUUAAAGGGAAAAGAAGACGAGUUAUCCUUGGAAGAAGUAAAUAAAAGGAAGUUGAUAAAACCCAAGUUUUCCUUUGACAGGUCCUCAAAACACUCGCAGCACCGUGAUAGACAGGGUAGCUAUUCUGAUCCUGUGGAGCAGAAUCAGAUGGCUUCAUCCUAUCCAGAAAUACCAACGCAUUCAAAUUUUAAUUCUAAUAAUAGUUCCUCAUCAAGCUCUUCUUUGCAGUUCAGUUAUCAUCGGCGAUCCCUAAGCAGUGGUCCAGGUUCUAAAUCUGAUGUACCAUCCUGGGGACAUGCAAACGAAAUUUCUCAUGGCAAGGAACUCAGAAGCUUCUCAAGAGAUGGAAAUUUCUCCAGCUCAGUAAAAAUCAAGCACGAUGGUUCAGAAGCGAGAUCAGCAACUGAAAAGGUGAGGAUACCAAACGUUGUGGCAAAACUUAUGGGCCUUGAAGAACUUCCACUAGCAACACCAGAAUUGAAGAAAUUUGAGGUACAAAACUUUCCUAACACUAAUGAUGUAAAAGAAGUCAGUAAGAUAAGGACAGAUGCAGGGAUCAAUAAAAAGGAAGCUAAUAAGAUUACGCAUUCAGCAACCAAAAUAAAGGGACGGAACAUGCUUAUAGAGGAAAAGGGAUUUGAGGGAAACAAGACAACAAACAGUCUUGAGUUAGUCCAAAGGAAAAUAAAGAAAAACGUGGAAGAACAGACUAACCCAGACCAAAAGCAUCUUGUAUCGUCUUCAACUAUUACAGAUAUGACCAGUAUAGAUCGAAGUAAAGAAUUCAAGGUGACAAAGAAGCAAACAGCAGAAGUAGGGAAAAUGGCAUCAACAUUGCAACAGAUACGCAAGGAAAAGGUUGAACAGGAUGCCAUCAGAAAUUCUACUCCGGAAGAUGGCAUACAAAAUACCACAUCUUUGCUGCACAUACACAAUGAUGAUACAUGUAGCGAGCAUGAAGAAGCACAAAGAAACAAGAACGUGGUUCCUCAGAAACAGAGAAAUGCACGAGUAAAUCCAGUAGAGCCACAGCAGCAAUCAGCAAUCCACAGACUGAAAACCAAACACAUAGCAGAGAGGGAUGGUAAGAAAAUAGAUGAUAAUAAAAGAAACAAGCUGCAACCCGUCAUGGCAAAGAAAAAGGAAUUCAAGGGGAAGAAUGCAGAAAUAUCUCCCAGUGGCAUGAAAUUGCAGAAGGCAUCAUCCAGUAUCUCAACUGUAACAGUUACUAGAAGUUUAUUCAAAUCUUCCAAUACAGAGCCAAAUCCAAAAUGCAAUCGUAAAGAGCAAACGAAGGUUCAGAGCAAAAAAUCUUCUUACCCUGAAGGGAACAGGAAAUCAGAAAACGAAAUCCCAGAAGAGAAAAGGUCCAUCAAGGUGGUUACCAAAACCGAAGAAGAAAAGGUUUUCCCUUUGAUUCUUGCACCGACAAUCAAAAAGCCUGUACCAAAUCCAUCUGUCCAGAAGGUAGAAGCCAUAAAAAUGAUGCGGGACAGAAAUAAGAAUAGAGGAACAUUAACAGAAGAAAAUAGAAGAGCAAAAAAUACGGAAGGAAAGGUACAGAACUUGAAGCAGACAACUUCGCUUUUACACGAACUGGAGCAUAGAUGGAAAGAGAGAACCAGUAAAGCAGAAGCAACGAUCUGCUCAAAUGCAAUGAAGUCAGAGCAGCAUUCACAGCAGACAGUUGCACCUCUCAACCUUUUGUCAAGUUCCAACACAACUGAAGUCUCAGGGCUUGAAGAUGGCGUCAUCACUCCAGAACAGAUUGUGGAAACUCAACAGGAAGAAGCUGCAAACACCAUGGGGAGCCAUGAAGGAACCAUCAUUGAAUCUGCUGCUGUGCAUUUAUCAGAGAUUUAUGCAAAAGAUAUAGACCUACAACCACCCAUGGAAGAAAACAAGCCAGAAGGUCCAGGUAACAACAGCCAAGUUAACAGCUGCAACUCCUCAGGGGUUGAGAAUAUUGCGACAUCUCAGGUUCAUGGUCAAGGGUUGCUUACAAAAUAUGGUUACAUCCUCAAGCAAGUACUGACGAACAGCCGGCAUUUCCUCAAUACAUCACAGGCAAUUUUCAAAAUUAAGAUUCCUAUUAGUAUCCUCCAGGACAGUGAAAAUAUAUGCCAAUAUGAAGGAGACAGCCAUCUCAUAGACACUGUAUAUGAACUAAUGAGAAGAAAAGGCAAAAGAGAAGAGAUCUUUUUUUCUAAGAAAACACCUUUCGCACCUGCCAAAACGGGAUGCUUGGAUGAUCUAAUAAAUGAGCUAGAGUAUGACCUCAGAAGCUUGGAGAUGCCCAGCAUGAACGAGGGAGCGAAUAAUGAUGUAGCAGAAUACCUGCAUAAGAUGGUAGAGAGAGAUAUCCAGCACAGGAACCCAGAUGUCAACUGUAUGUGGGAUAUCAGCUGGAAUAGCAUGGCAUUAGCAAAUAUAGAAAAGGAGGAGAUUAUGACAGAUGUGGAAAAACAUAUCUUGAAUGCACUCAUCAAUGACCUAGCUAGGGAUUUAAUGAGUGUAAGCAUCAGCAUUUAACAGUAUUGUAAAGAAUCCCAAAAUAUCACCCGUGUAUAUAAAAAGAAUGUGAUCCAACUAUAUUAAAGAAGGAGAAGAGGAAAAUAAAAUAGGUUCUUGGAGAACACAAAUGCCUUUGCUACCAAAGUAAAAUAUUUCCUACUCAGAAAAGUUUAAAAACCUUUUCUCACCCUGAUAACAAUUUGGUCAAGUCCAAACAAAUAUGAUUUUGUCAGAGUACCAACUGCAUUUAACAAGAGAACAAACUGACAAAAACUCAAAGGUUAGUUUUUCGUAGAAAACAAAUAGGAGAAGCAACGCAAACUGUUUCUUAUUUGUUAUAAGAAUGUGUAUUAAUCACAGCAUCAAAAUUCCCUCAACUUCAAAUACAGUUCAAUGGUUCAGCGGUAUUAGCAUCUCGAACUGGUAUAGGUUACAUUCUCCUAUCCUCAAGGAAAGGAGAAACUGCUAUUCCUUCUGUUUGAACUUUAAAAGCUUUAGUGAUCAGGUAAUUUUAAAAAUUCAACUGAACCCUGACUUUAGUUUUGUUGAAAAGAUAAUGUAAUUAGAGAAUAUUAGAGGGGGUUUUGUGUAAAUGUGGGUGUAAGGCUAUAUAAACCAAUCUAUUCUAUUAAAAAAAACCCUAAUUUUCAAUAUGGUAUCAGAGCCCUAACCUAGCCGCCUCCCUCUUCAACCCGACGAAAUCCAACCCGAACAAAUCCGAGGGCUUUGGUCUUCAUCCUCGGGCUUUGUCUUCACCAGAGGGCCUCCGAAGCCUCUAGAUCUCCAGGCGGCGAGGUCAUUGACUCCAAGAUCAUCAACGAUCAGGAGGCCUGCUCGGUGGAGUUCUCUUGUAGGGAAGCGUCGACGGAGGAGCAGGGCGUCAGUGACGUGACCGGCGGCGGGUAUGCUGCGACCACGACGACUGUAAGGCAGGAGGAGAUAGCCGGAUGCAGAGGAGGCCGAAGUCGAUGGAGGAGCAGGGCGUCAGUGAUGUGAUCGCGGCUACGGGGGAGGGUCUGAUAGCGGGAGCUGGAGGAAUCUCGUUUUGGAGUUUGGUUUUUUGAUCUGCAGGGAGUGUUGCCGAUCAGAUCCAAGAGAAGAAGGAAUUUUUUUUUUUUGGGAUUGUUGCCAAUCAGAUCCAAGAAAAGAAUAAAAAAUUGGGACAUGUAUUAGAUGAUAAAGUAGUUUCGUUCUGCUGUUUUUUUGUUGUUUUUAUUCUAGAUCUGUAAUAGCUUGUUAGGUUCCCUCGACAAGUCAGUCCUAGAACUGAUAAGAGGAAGAGCUGAUAUCUCACUUUGUUAAGAUAUCUUGCUUUUUGGUUCUUGUUUCCUUGGUG